CGGGCCCAGCCGCGGGCUUGCGGGUCCGAGCCCGGCCUGGACGGCUCUGCGUGCGGAGCGAGCGGGGCGGCCGCCGCGAGCCUAGGGCCCCUCGGGGUGCCGGAGCCCGCAGAGAGCGGCGGGAGCGUGCAGCGGCCCGUCGCGGGAGGACUGUCCUGUAUGUCAUCUGGGCACGCGGCAGGAGGAGGAGGAGGCCAGGUUUGGGCGUCGGAUCUGUGUGCCGCCUCUGCGCCUCCGUUCCCGGGUCCCUGUGGUCUUGGGAAUCACCGAGCCACCACUUGUCACCUGUGAGACUGAGUUGCAGCGCGUCAAAGCAGGAUGAGUGCAAAACGAAACGAAACAAGAAUUACUCUGAACGUGUGCUGCGCAGUCCACAGGCCUCGGCUGUGCUCGGUCCUCUAGGAGAGGGGAAAGCCUGUGUGCUUGGUUCCCUUCUGAGUUAGGACCUCAGACUUCGCAGUGCUUCAGAGAGUCGGGAGAACGAACCAUCCCCUCAAGGCGUUUGGGUUUUGUUGUUAGAAAUUAUGUUUAGGCUGAAUUUCCGUGAGAAAAAUUAACAAAGUUCCACGUGAGAGGCAGAAAUAGCAUUCCAAGCGAGGCGGCAGAUCCCAUGGCCGGAAGUUAUGGUGUGAUGGCUGAUGACGGUUCUAUCGAUUACACAGUCCAUGAAGCCUGGAAUGAAGCCACCAAUGUUUACCUGAUAGUUAUCCUUGUUAGCUUUGGUCUCUUCAUGUAUGCCAAGAGGAAUAAAAGGAAAAUAAUGAGAAUCUUUAGUGUGCCUCCCGCAGAAGAGAUGUUGUCAGAGCCAAGCUUCUAUGACACAGUGAGCAGGAUUCGCUUAAGACAGCAAGUGGAGGCACAUCCCAUUUCAAGAAAGUACGAGUAUCAACAGCCACAGAGCCAGGCCGACAGUGUGCAGCUCUCACUGGAAUAAAACUUCAGACGAAGCAACGGAGGAGAAAGUGGUGCCGUACGAGAAACACGCUCCUCACCCUCUAUAAGCUCAGCACUUGUGCCCCUCCCCAGGCCGACAGUGUGCAGCUCUCGCUGGAAUAAAGCUUCAGACCCAGCAAGGGGAGAGAAUGUGACGCGGUACGAGAGACACACUCCUCGCCUCUAUAAGUGAUGUUCUGUGAGCUCAUCACUGUGCCCUCCCCAGGCCUGAGCUCAUCACUGUGCCCUCCCCAGGCUUUUGCUGCUGCUUCUAGGACUUUCAGCAUAAGUGCCAAAAUGCUUAGAAGGAAGAUGCUUAGUGACUGGAGAUGGGGACUUGCCCUUGUGAGGAUCAGUGAUGUCCCCAGGAUACAGUGAAAAAUACAAAACGUGUUUGGAAACAAGAAUCCUAGAGUUAAUGUCACUUCAGAAUAUUUUUACAGAGUUAAAACAUGAAAUUCUAGCUAUUGGGGUUGUUUGCUCUUAGGGCGUUGUUAUGAUGAUAUUUAACAUUGGUAGCAGAUUAAUUUGUGUUGCUUCCACGAUUGUUCCUGGCUCUUUGAGUGACCUUUUCUUCAAGACUUGUGUGACACACAAGACCUUGUAGUCUCUUCUGCAUCAUGAGGCGUAUCCUGUCUGCUUCUUGUGGAUAAUCUCUGUAGCUGGGUUUGUCUCUCUUUAAUUGCAUUCCCAAAAGUUGUUAUUUUGUUUCUGAGCCUGCAUUUCCCUUGCCUCCCUAGGGCUCCUUAGGGCCAUGCUGUUAGACAAGGAGACAUCUCUGUCUCGCUGUGGGCCCCUUACUUUCCCACGGUUUCCCUGUCACUGUUGAUUUGAUGGUUACAGCAGCAUCUGCUGCUGCUUAAAGCUUUGCUAAAAACCCA